AUGGGCGCUUUCAGACUGCUGUACGCUUCCCACGUCAGACCAAGACUUCAGAAUGGUAGUGUGACGACAUAUCCCUACACGGCCGGUGAACUGGCUAAGUCGGAGCGUGUACAACGUGCCGCCACUAGACCCGUUGUUGGACUACGCGGGACCAGCUAUGAAGGUCGUCUGCACGCUACUGGUCUGUUCCCAGUUUGCGCAUCAGCGUCUCAGGAGAGAUCUCAUCAGUUUGAGGAAGCUCCUGAGAGUUGA